AUGAAUCUAUUCCCAAGCAAAGGAACAUUGGACGCAAAAGUUAAGCGUAGAUACAAGCGCAAACAAAGCACUCGAAAGUUCGAAAUUAAGGAAGAAGUUAUCAUAAAAGAGGAACCAAGAGAUGGCGGUGAAUUGAUUCAUUGUUCGCCACCAUCAUCACCGGUUGGUGCGACUCAACGCACGCUCAAACCGGAGAGCGAGAGCGAUAGUGAAGUGUGUAGCGAGUACGACCUUGAUUAUACAAAGAAAGAAAUCAAGAGUGAAGACGAAGAAUGUACGAAGAAAAGUUGCUGCUCAUCGUCACCAAAUGAUGGUUCAAAUCAACGCAAGGGCGAUGAUCGAAAUAGUGGAAAUCGAUUGCAUCCAGAACAAAACGCGAAUCAGCUGGAAAGAAGGAGAAGAAUCACAAAUGUAUGUGAUUAUGCUGCAUCGUGGAAAAUCAGUCUAAUCAGACAUAUCCGAAGACACACCGGCGAAAAGCCUUUCGUAUGUGAAAUAUGUGAAAAGGCUUUUACACAAAAGCAUCAUUUGAAGCGACACAAGAAAGUCCAUGCCACCGAAUUUCCAUUCCAUUGUCCAAAGUGUCGUCGAGGAUUCAAACAAGAAGUCGAAAAGAUCGAACACGAAAAUCAAUGCCAACAUCGACAAUUCGAAUGCAUUGAAUGCAAAUACAUCACUGAUAAUUCGUCACAUUUCAAACAACACAUGCCAAUCCAUAGUGAUGUGAGGCCUUUCCAAUGCCGCAUUUGUUCAAAAACAUUUAUACGAAAAAAUCAUCUUCGCCAACAUUCGCGCACUCACACCAAGCAACUACCGUUUGCCUGCUCGAAAUGUGGACAACGUUUUGCUGACGAAAGCUGUAAAAAAACGCAUGAGGAUCGAUGCAACUGUCUACGUUUCGAAUGUUAUCUCUGCCCAUUCAAAUGUUUUCAGAAAAGUCAUUUGAAAUACCACAUGCAAUCAAAGCACACAGGCGAAAAACAAUUUCAAUGCAAAGUGUGCUAUAAGAAAUUUUUUGUGAAAGUUUAUCUCAAGAAACAUUUGGCGAUUCAUGUUAAACCGAGCCCAAUUCGUUGCAUCAAAUGUUGUCGUCGAUUUGUAAACGAAGGCGAUAAGAAUGCACAUGAAGAACAUUGCAAUCGACGCCACUACGAAUGUUACAUCUGCAAAGCUUCAGUUCGCGAUUCACUGCAAUUAAAAAGUCACAUGCGAAAUUAGGGUGGUUUUUUUUUUGGUCAUUUUUCGGAAUUUGUUGGGCAAAUAUUUUUUUUGCGUCUAUUAGACG